UUAUAGAGAACUCCAGGACCUCGUGUAUUAAAUUUUUGCACUACAGAACAGGUUCAACCAUGAAUGAAGACGAACCUAAAAAGGGCGAUGAGGAAAUCACCCUCAAACCAAAAAUGACCCUUAUCAAUGGGAUCACGGUUAUUGUGGGAAGUAUAAUCGGUUCGGGGAUUUUUGUUAGUCCAUCGGGAGUGUUAAAAAAUACGGGAAGUGUUAAUGUUUCGUUGAUAGUGUGGACUGCUUCAGGAAUAUUUUCUAUGGUGGGAGCGUAUUGUUAUGCAGAACUGGGUACCAUGAUAAGAAAAAGUGGUGCCGAUUACGCCUACAUCAUGGAAACUUUCGGACCAUUCUGGGCAUUUAUAAGAUUAUGGAUCGAAUGUAUGAUAGUAAGGCCUUGCUCACAAGCUAUAGUAGCUUUAACUUUCAGUCAAUAUGUCAUGAAACCAUUUUUUCCUGAAUGUGAACCCCCAGACGGCGCAGCAAGACUAUUGGCAGUUUGUUGUAUUUGCGUUUUAACGUUUAUAAAUUGUUAUGAUGUGAAAUGGGCAACGACAGUUCAAGAUAUUUUUACUUAUGCCAAAUUAGUAGCCCUAUUUAUAAUUAUUGGAGCUGGAAUAUAUGAAUUAACAAAAGGAAAAACGGAGCACUUCACGUUCAUGAACACCAAUCACGAAAUAACGUCACUGGCUCUAUCUUUUUACUCAGGGCUUUUUGCUUAUAAUGGUUGGAAUUAUUUGAAUUUCAUUAUUGAAGAGUUAAAAGAUCCUGUUAGGAAUUUACCGUUGGCGAUAGCGAUUUCCUGUACUUUAGUUACUGCUGUUUACGUUCUAACAAACGUGGCAUUUUACACAACUUUAUCACCAAUUGAAAUACUAGGUUCCAAGGCGGUGGCUGUGACAUUCGCAAAUAGACUUUUCGGUCCUUUAGCUUGGACCAUUCCCGUUUUUGUAGCGCUUUCAACAUUCGGAGCAGUCAACGGAAUUUUAUUAACAUCCUCAAGAUUAUUUUACGCGGGAGCAUGUAACGGUCAAAUGCCCGAACUACUCACAAUGAUUCAGUCCCAGAAGUUAACUCCUACACCAUCUGUACUCGUAAUGGCCAUUCUGUCUUUACUUUAUUUAACUGUAUCAGAUAUAGACGCACUCAUAAACUACGUAGGCUUCGCUACGUGGUUGAGCAUUGGAGCAGCAGUUCUUUGUUUACCAUGGCUCCGAUGGAAACAACCAGAUCUCAAUAGACCAAUAAAAGUGAAUCUUAUUUGGCCCAUUCUCUAUCUUGCUUGUACAAUUUUUGUAACGGCAGUACCGAUGGCGGCUAGCCCAUACGAAACUGGAAUGGGUCUCCUAAUGAUAUUAUCAUCGAUUCCAGUUUACUUCGUUUUCGUUUAUUGGCGCAAACCCGAUUGGUUCAAAAAGAAAUCAAACGACGUUACCAUCUUUUUGCAAAAAAUAUUCGUGGUGGUGACCUGGUUUAACAGAAUGGUUGAAGAAAACAGCAAUCUCACCAUUGAUACUUUGUCUAUGGAAGAAGGAGAAGGAAAAUAUAGUGAGAUACAUAAAAGUACAAAGACUCAAUUGGGCUGGGCAUAUAAUGAAAAGAAAACCAACUGAAAUGAUCAAAAGAAUAACGCAAUAGAUCCCAUUGUGGCCAAGGAGAAGAGGCAAGCCGAGAAAAACUUGGUUAAGUUAGGUUACACUUGGAGAAACGAAAUGCCGGAACCAAAAGUAAUAGAAAAUAAUAACAAAAGCAGCCAAGACAAACGGUAAACUAUAAAGAAAAAAAGAGAAAACGAAGAGUAAUCAACCGAAAGUGAUUUAUCGCAGCUAAUAAUGGGAAGUCAAUGAACUAUAGAAAGAAUGCAAAAUGAAGAAAGCUGCAAUUUUACAGAAACGGCAUCUUUUAUUGAUUUGAAUAUUGAACUAGAUAUUAACGUUUUGAAUUCCACAGCUGUUAACAUCUAUUUCUAGUAGAUUUUUCGCUACGUUUCGUGUAAUUAUUUUAAUAAAAUAUAUUGGUAACUCUCCAAUACCCAAAAUGAGUACAGAUGUAGUUAUUUAUAGUUUUUAUAAUGUGGUGACUGUAAAUAAAGUUAUUGUAAUAAUAUGUAUUUAUACUACAAUCACUUAAGUUAUAUAACCUAAUUUACUAUCAACUUUGCAAGUUAAAAGCCUAAACUGCAAAUUUCUGAUGUCAGUUUGAUGAAUGAAUGAUUGUGAUAUAUCGAACGUAUUGUUGAAAUUUUAUAAAAGGUAUAUAGACAUAUCUAAUUUAUCAAAAUUGUUUUUUUUAUUUGUUUUAGUAGUGAUUGUUGCCUUAUUGUUAUAACUGCCAAAUCUAUUUGGAUUUUUGAAAACAAAAUUUUCCAAAAUUCUCUAUAUUUUACAGAUUUAACAUAAAUAUGAAACGUAAAUAUAAAAGAGAGGUUAAUAAAAAUUUCUAACAUACGAAGAUGAUUCCAGAAGUACCUUGCCCAACAAAGAAAACACAAAAAUGUUGGACAUAAAUAUAUUUCUCAAUGUAAUCUCCUUGUAGCUCCAUACAUUUUUCUCAGCGAUGUUCAAUAAGUUCAAUUCAAGUUCAAUCUUUGACCACCGAGUCAUUUUUCAAGUCUGGGAACAGAAAAUGAUCCGAGAGGGCUAAAUCAAAGUCAAACUUAAAAAAAACGGCCGCUUUUGCUUGAUUUCUUCGCUUAAACGUUGCAAUAAGUUUGUAUAAUACUCGCCGUUGAUAGUUUUACCUUUUUCAAGAUAGUCAAUGAAAAUUAUCCCAAGGGCAUCCCAAAAAACCGACGCCUACAAAUGAAACGGGGCGUCUUCAAACUCGAAACAUAUGCUGUAUAGAUUGUGUACUUUCUACAGUGGUAUUUUUCACGCAGCUACCGCCAUCUCUAGGUCAGUCCAGGUACUUCUGGGACCCUCCUCGUAAUUUUAGUAUACAUAACUUGACAUUUUAAAAGUAAAGGAAAGUUUUUUUGAAUCACUAAUUAAAAAACAUAUACGUAUAUUAUUAAAAAAAAAUACGAGGUUUGUGUUAGAAUUAAAAAGAUACAGAGUAGAAUAAUAGUAGAGGAAAUGAAGCAAACGAGGAAAAUAGCAAGGAGAAUGAGGAUGGAUAGGAAAAGAAAUGAUGUAAUUUCAGAGAAGCUCAAACAAGAACCGACAGGAAACCAAAUAAUUUUAAGAUGAUUAAACUGGUACGGACACAUAGAGAGGAGAACACCACAAAGCCUAAUAAGAAAAAGGAUAGAAGCAAAAAGAUAUGAAAAAAGGAAAACCCAGGAAAACUAGACAAGUAGCUCAGGAAGGGGGAAGACAAGGAAAAGCAGAAAAGUAGAUGAAUUAAUUAGCAGAGGAUCGUAAAAAGUGGAAAAAAUGUAUGAAAGGAGAAUGAAAAAUAAAAUCUCGAUAAUCUGACGCUCGAAAGACAAUAGAGAAUUCUAGAGAAGAAGUGUGAAAAUUUGCCUACCUAACAAAAAAACAAAUUAUUUUUUAUCCAUAAUAAUUUUUAUUAUUCUAUUACUAGUCAUUUGAAUAUGAAAAUCUAAAUUAAUGUGAUUGCCUACUCAGCGAUAUAUACUCACCUGCAGAAACAAUAAGUUCCUAGUGAUGAAAUACGUUGACCUUUAUUUCAGUGAAGGACACAUUUUACGAUAAUAGAUCAGUGCUAAAGCCUUUGAAAAUGGUAGGAAAUGAAAGAAAAGGGUAGUAGGAUGGAAUCUAAUGGAAAACGAAGGAUUUUUAUGGUGAAAAGUAAGUUAAAACUGCUCCUCAAUGACCAGCAUCCAUAGGAAUGGUGACAGAUUUGUCCAGAUUGUGAAAAACAUUUUUUCGGGAGUCAAAUUUUAAAACGGACAAUCUCAAGUAUAACGUAUGACUACGAUCCACGGUUUAACAGCAAAAAUUAAGAAAUUUUCUCAGUAACUAUGAUGAAAAGUAAGUUAAAAUCACUGCUCAAUGGCCAGAAUCCAGAAGAAGACAUUUUUGGAGUCACUAUUUGAAACAGAAAAUUUCCAGUUCAAAGUAUGACUGUGGUUCAGUGUUUAACAGUAAAAACCUCAAACUUUCUCAGAAAGUUUGGUGUAUAGCAAGGGAAAAUCAGAAGUUUACUGCCUAGAAUCAAACAGAUUUGAUAAAAUUGUGAAAAAGACACUUCUGAAAUAACGUUUUUAAAAAACAAUUUCAAAUAUGGAGUAUGACGACGAUCCACCGUUCAACAGUGAAAACUAUGGUGAAAAGUAAGUCAGAAAUAAUGACUUCCUAGUGAUAAAAUACUUUGACCUUUAUUUCAGUGAAGAACACAUUUUACUAUAAUAGAUCAGUGCUAAAGCCUCUGAAAAUGGUAGGAAAUGGAAGAAAAGGAUAGUAGGAUGAAAUCUAUUGGAAAAAGAAGAAUUUUUAUGGUGAAAAGGUCAGAAAUAAUGACUUACUAGUGAUAAAAUACGUUGACUUUUUUUCAGUGAAGGACACAUUUCACUAUAAUAGAUCAGUGCUAAAGCUAUAAGAAAAAUGGAAUGAAAAAUAAUUUACGAGCGAUCUAAGUUUGAGAAAUGAGACUUGGAGAGUUUUUGAGUGUAAAAAACGGUUCAAAUGUUUGUUACAAACAUAUUUUAAUUAUUAUUGAAUGUUUCUUCUUAAAAAUGGUUCCAAAGUGUAAGGAAACGUCAAGAUUCAAUAAAAUAUUAACCAACGAAUUUAUUAGAAAUAUACCCCAUUAAAAACUGCAGUAUUAUUUACUCAAGUAUUGAUUAUAAAUUAAAUUACCAAAAAUUUGUAUAAAUGAAUGGAUUGUUUAAUAAAUUACUUAUUGUUUAUAAAAGUUCGAAAAUUGUUAUCUAAUUAUUUUGAUUAUAUAUUAUUUUUUAAUAUUUUCCUUGUAUUAUAUGAAAAUCUUAUGCUUACUCAUAUCGACAAUAAAUGUGUAUUGUUUAUAGCUUGUAUAGUUUAUGUACAAUAAAAAAACCAAAGAAAGAAUAUCUCUUUGUUGGAUAAUAAUAAAUAAUAUAACCGAAAA